GACCGACUAUGGCUCCAGGACGAUCUUCCCACGGACUUGCCCUCCGCUCGAGUAUUCAUUUAUGAAUACGAUUCUAUCCCCGUCUUGACGAGUACCAAGACGCGACUUACCCACGAAGCCAGCGACCUGCUGUAUUGCCUCGACGUGGAUCGAUUCGAUUGUCCCGAACGACCCAUCAUAUUCAUCGCGCAUAGCUUGGGCGGAAUAUUGGUUAAGCAGGUUGUCUAUUGCUUUCUGCGCUUGUCGAAUCAAUCUGACACUCACAGGCGCUCGCGCGGACUGGCUUUCUUCGCCACUCCUCAUGGGGGUGGCAACGAGACACUUGUAUCAUUCGGGAAAAAAUGUGCAGCUGUUGUCAACUUCGUCACCAUGUCCGCCCCGAACGAUCUGAUGGAAGCUGUCACAUCCGGCUCAUUAUACUCGGACAUCUUGCAAGAAGGAUGGAGACAUCAGCUGAACAACUACCGUAUCGUAUCCUUCUACGAGGGCAUUGGAAAUAUUGUUCCUCGCGACUCAGCAGUGCUUGAUAUGCCCGGAGACAUCGAGACCCAGGUCAAAAUAGAGGCGAAUCACGGCGACAUAUGUCGCUUCGAUACGCGCGACCUAUCGGACAGUCAACGUUACAAAAAAGUCCGUCAUGGUCUUCGAAAACUCCACGAGGCCGCUCUAAAUAAUAGCCCCGAUACUCCUCUCCCUACACUAAGCAGAGGUGGGUAA